AUGACCGAAUUAGAUUCUAUCAAAGCAAUACUACAUUCAAAGCAUAUUGAUUCAAGUCAUGUCAAGCCAUAUACUGGUCUUCGUAUCAAAAAAAGUGGUGAUAUAAUUUUAACGACACCAUCACUUGAAUCUUAUCGAAUUAAUAACGAUCCACUAUAUAAAUACAAAGGAAAUAUGUCUACUGAUUUACCAAAAGAAAUUGAUUAUCGUAUUUUAUCGUAUGAUUCACUUGAAAAUCAACGUUAUCAAUCACUUAAAAUGAAACAGCCGGUGCCCUAUCAAGUAACACGUAUUUUUCAAGAACGAUUUGGUUCCGUUGUUUCACCUCAUGUUGAUUCAUCAAAAAUAGUUCGUAUUUCAAAAGCACCAGGCUAUCGAUUACUUCGAGAUCAAAUUCCUAAUCAAGAUCGAACAAUGGUUUCACAACAUUUCAAUAAAAUAAGUCCAUUUGUUACAGAUCAUGGAAGUAAUCCACAAGCUAAUUCAUUAUUUCGACAAUCGAUGGUUUAG